AUGGAGGGUUCGGCGACAGGGGGAAAUCACGGAGGCGAUCCUCGCGCCGAGCAUGCCACAACCAAGGAGUCCGAGGAGGCGGCAACGCAACACCAUCUGACGCUGCUCCAGCCGAGCGUGGUCGAAGUUUCUGCAGCCGUGCUGGAUAAGGACAAGGUGGCACAGCACGAGUCGGUGGGGCUGGUCGGUGGCUCUCCUCCUUCUGGUGGACGGGGAAGGCGUAGGCAAAGGAAGAGCGAUGGGGAGGAGGAUGAUGACACCGCCGUGCCCGGGGACCUCACCACGCGGGCGAAGAGGCGCCAGACGACAGGUAGUGCUGACAACGCCGGAGGCGCGGAAGUUGACACACCGCGAGGCGCCAAGGAAGCUAGUGGCAAGGCGGGCGGUCAAGCAUUGCGCCAGAAGGGCCGCCCCGCAGCAAGAAAAGCAUCUGGCGGAAGGAGAGGCAAGAAAGCAGCGACAGGAACGAGGCCGAAACGGGGCGAUGAAGACCCCGGUGAUACGGAGGAGGAGGAGGAUGAGGAGGAGGAUGCGGAGGGAGAGGAGGAUGAAGAGGAAGCGGAGGAGCAAGACGCGGAUGUUGGGGAGGAUGCUAAAGAUGAGAAUGAUGGCGGGGAGGACGAAGAGGAGGAGGAGGAGGAGGAGGAGGAGGAGGAGGAGGAGGAGGAGGAGGAGGAGGAGGGGGAUGAGGAGGAGCAGCAGGGUGACGAGGAGGAGGAGGAGGAGGAGGAGGAGGAGGAGGAGGAGGAGGAGGAGGAGGAGGAGGAGGAGGAGGAUGUGGCGCCAGGGAAGAGACGGGGCGGGCGUGGCGGUCGGGUGAGUGGGACAGGGAAGGAGGGGGGCCGGACUCGCCCUUCCCGAAAACGCGGGGCAGGUGACGCUGCGCGCGGCGAAGCAGCGGGCAAACCGAAGGCGCGUAAGGUGAAGGUCGAAAGUGAAGGGGUUGGUAAAAAGCAAGGGAGCCAGGGUGCAAAAGGGGAUGGAGGAGGAAAGGGUGGCCGCGCCAAAGGGGUUCGAGUGGGUACCGGCAAGAAGGAACCUGCCGGUAAACGUCGCAGCGUGCGCCGAAGCACCCCGUGGAAAGGUGGCAACGAGAAGGCGCAGGCUGCCCCAAAACCGAAGGGACAACAGAAAGGUGAAAGUGAGGAGCACGAGCAGUUUGUUACACGGGAGGAGUUCCAGGCGCCGCGGUCUGAGAUGUACGCCAUGUUUGCACAGCUCGGCCUGCGUCGUGGAGUACCUGCCAGCUAUGCCGGCGGGUCGGCAGCCCUGCCUAUGGCUGGUACCCCGCCGCCGAUGAGCGCCGUGGACAAGGCACGAGUGCUAGUGUUGCAGGAGACAAACCCAUUCCCGGUAUGUGGCGGGCCAAAUGGGGCGGGUUGGGGUUGA